AUGUUCCCGUCAUUGCCACUAAUACGACUGAAUGGCUUCAAAGUUUAUUCGAUGAAGGAAUUCAAUGAGUUGAAAUGCGAUGUGGGCUCUGAACUUCAAUGCAGCAAAUUGAUUAUUGGUACCAAUUUGGCAGGACGAGGUACAGAUAUCAAACUUAGCUGUGAAUUAGUUCAUGCAAGAGCAUUACACGUAAUUACCGCGUGCUUACCGGCCAAUUGUCGUAUAGAAGAACAGGCAUCUGGACGUGCAGCACGUUGCGAACAACCAGGAUCUGCACAGAUCAUAGCUGUGCGUGCAACAGAUGAUGAUACGCAACCAUCAGUAUUUCAACCGAAAAUGUUCCGUGAUAAUCAAGAAGUGCAUCGUUUAGCUUCUCUCAAAUCAUUUUACGAUUUUCAUACUGAAACUGAAGAGAAAUGUCUGGAAAACUUUCGACAUCAUUGUAGUCAAGCAUUUAGUGUUAUUUAUUCUUCGAAAAAAUAUCCUAUCGAUGGUGAUAAAAAUUGUUAUAAAAUUGCCAAGAAAUGGAUUGAUUUUCCUCAAUCACUUAUUACACCUGGAAUUAUUCAAAUGAGUCAUAACAAUGGUUUUCAAGCAACUGAAGAGACGUUCAACCAAAUUCUUGCUGAUGGUUAUGGAUUUGCUGCGGGAGUUUAUUAUUCCAAAGCUUGUAUGAGAAUGUGUCAAUGGACGAAAACACGAACUACAUUGGAUUCAAUCGCAAUCGUGUCAACAGAAAGUUUUCCGGAAAAUAUUGAAUAUGCUAUCGAAUAUUUUCGCAAAUCACGAGCAUUAUUUACAAAUCGAGUUC